AUGUUCUUCUCUCGUAUAUGGCCAUGGCGGCAACAUUUUGGAAAGUCCGCGAUCAUAUCUUGGCUCUUUGUCUUCGUUGCUUUAAUUACAGCGCUUCGGUUCCUCGCCCUUCCAAACCUCCAGCGUCUACACCUUCAAGUAGGCGUUUCAUUAUUCGACGACGGAUUUUACGGAUUCUACCCAACUCGCAAAUAUGUUUCGUUUGACUACGAGUCUCCAGCUGUGGAACUGGCUACAUGGAGUCCCAAGUGCAGUGAAGACUAUACUUUUAUGGCGCCACAUGGGAACGCUGUCAACAAUCCGGGCGCUAUGAUCCUAGAUUCCCGUGGCAAUCUCGUCUGGAUGAUGAAGCCGAGGCCUGAUAAAAUACAGGACUUUCGUGUACAGCAAUACCUGGGAGAACAGUACCUGACUUACUGGCACGGAGCAGCGGACAAUGGGCACGGUCGUGGUGCCUGGUCUAUGGUUACCAAGAAUGGAACCGCCAUGGUAAUCGUCUAUGACGUCCAGCCCACCAACCUGAGCGAGCUUGGAGGCCCCGAAUACGGCUACUUCUCCGAAUGUCUCUUUCAGGAGAUUGAAAUCGCGACUGGUAAUCUGAUUUUCGAAUGGAGAAUGUCAGACCACGUCCCUUUAAACGCUUCAUACGAGGAACUGAAAGACAGAGGCUGGUCAGCCAGCGACGCCUAUGACGUCUUUCACAUGAACAGCAUCGACAAAGAUAGUGCAGGCAACUAUCUUGUUUCCGCACGUCACACACACUCGAUCAUUUGUAUCGAUGGGAAGACCGGGGAGAUUCUCUGGACGCUAGGCGGGAAGCUAAACGAUUUCGUCGAUGCAUCGGAAGGACAAGCGACGAACUUCUGCUGGCAGCACGAUGCGCGAUGGCGUGGAGAGCGUACAUUGAGUCUUUUCGAUAACACCGCCGAGCAGUUCACGGAUGAACCGACAGAGAGUCGAGGAAUAAUUCUCGAUCUCGACACCGAAAAUCGAAUCGCAAGUCUCCGCUCAGAGUAUUACCAUCCUGAAGGGAUUCGUGCGACCUCUCAAGGCAACAUGCAGGUUCUGACCGACACGGGCAAUGUCUUGGUGGCCUGGGGCCACUGCGCGGCGUUUACAGAAUUCUCAAGCGACGGGGAGAUGCUUUGCGACACACAUUUUGCACCUUCCAAUUGGUUCCAACUUGGUCAGGCUGUUUCGUACCGCAUCGCCAAGGGAAGCUGGGUCGGCCAACCGAACACGAACCCGACGGGCGUCGUGGCUGGCUCUUCGGUGUUUGUGAGUUGGAAUGGCGCCACAGAAGUUGCUGCAUGGAGAAUUGAGCUAUGGGAUGGCGUGAAUAUGAAGGAUAUGAAGUUCCACCCGCAGAAUAUGAUUGAGAAAGAGGGGUUCGAGACGGAGAUCAAACUCCCGUCCAACCUACCGCAUGUUUACUUCCGGGUCGCUGCCUUGGAUGAUCGGGGUCAACUUCUUGGUGCGACUGAUACACUGGCUGGCCAGAAAACCCACCAUUCUUCUCUUUCUCUCUCUCCCGGUGUUGUAGCUUCCAGUAUCAUGAUUGCAUGCUGUGCGCUGCUGGGAGUGUACUGGGUAUGGAAGAGAUACACGCAUCAGAAGUCUCUGGUAUCAGACUAUAAGCCUGUUCCGCUCGACAGUGAGAUCAGUGAGUAUAAUGAAGAUGCUCAAUCAUUCGUACGAGCUUCUUCAUUUUCUGGAGAUCCUCCGAUAUUACGGACUCCAUCCUGA